AUGCGCAAGCGGCGUGACGAGUUUUCUGGUUUCCUGCCUCUGUCCAUUCGGCGAUUCGGGUCUUACAGAUGCUGUUAAUGGCUGAAUCCUGUUUGAAAUGUUAACCUUUUCGGGGACUGAAACUGAGAAAAAUACUUGAACAUUAGGCUUGGACCGGGAGACAAGUGCGACAGAGACAUCCCUGCCCAAGAUCGUGGAAGAAGCUGGCAAGAUGAUGCGCUUCAUGCUGCUGUUCAGCCGGCAGGGGAAGCUGCGGCUGCAGAAGUGGUACACACCCACGGCGGAGCGGGACAAGAAGAAGAUGGUGCGCGAGCUCAUGCAGGUGGUGCUGGCCCGCAAGCCCAAGAUGUGCAGCUUCCUGGAGUGGAGGGACCUGAAGAUCGUCUACAAGAGGUAUGCCAGCCUGUAUUUCUGCUGUGUGGUGGAGGAGCAGGAUAACGAGCUCAUCACCCUGGAGAUCAUCCACCGCUUUGUGGAGCUGCUGGAUAAGUACUUCGGCAGCGUGUGCGAGUUGGACAUCAUCUUUAACUUUGAGAAGGCCUACUUCAUCCUGGACGAGUUUCUGAUGGGCGGGGAGAUCCAGGACACGUCCAAGAAGAGUGUCCUGAAGGCCAUCGAGCAGGCGGACCUGCUGCAGGAGGAGGACGAGUCUCCUAGAAGUGUGCUGGAGGAGAUGGGGCUGGCGUAGUCUGCAGGGCGGGGACUACAGACCUUAAAAGGACAGGGUGGGAGGAGCCUUUGUGCUGCAAGAGGAGGAGUUUGACUUGUGGAAGAAACCAGGACAAAGGAGAUGAAUGGAACCAUAAAAAAAAAGAAAAUUGGAACUAAAAAAAAGUGGGUCUGAAUUCUUAAAUACUGGGGGGUUGGGGUGGGGGGUGUGGUAAGAAAAAUUUGCAACAAAAAAGGAUAUAUUUUCUCUUUGCUAUUAAUGGGGUAUGAUGUGAAUUCUGAGUGUAUUUAAGCAUGGCUGUGGCCUGUAACUUUUUUUUUUUUUUCGGAGGUGGGGGGCUUUGGAGGGUGAACAGCGAUCUGCUGUGGUUGGCUUUUAGGAGGCGGAGCCUGAUCUGGCACCCCUCGCAGGCAUUACUGCCUAGCCCUCAGUUUCCCCGGUAACCGCUGGCCUGCCAUGACCGUGCCUGAGACAAACCCGUGGUUGAUUGGCGUUCUCAUCCCCCCCCCCCCCAAACAGGGGAAAGGGUGCUGCCGGUCAGCGGGGGGGAGGGAGGCGGGCGGGGGUCUUAUCUGCCGCGGCUCAGACGUGGUGGGGGUGGGGCACCCUCUUCCUGGGGUUGUUCAGACCUGAUAACCCCCGUCACCUCUUCCAGAAACACUCAAAAUGACGCGCGCUUUAGAUGGAGAUCGUCAGAGUAAUCCAUUAACGGAUCAGGUCCUGGGUCUGCCUGAGGACAGAUAGCGAGUGACUCGCGACAGGCCCUGGCAGGUCCCCUCUGUGUUUAGGGGGCGGAGCCCAGAGGCUCACCUAUGAUUGGCCUUCUUGAUUUUUUUUAUUUUUUAUGUUUGUUUUUUAUUUUCACUGUUUCCAAAGAGAUUACUUCCGUCUUUCUGCCUGUAAGACAGCAGUCAGGGAAUGGAGAGACCGAAUAACGGGAACAGAGA